AUGGCCGCAAAAAUUAAACAAAUUAAGCGUUUAUCCACCAUCGUCACUAAUGGAAAUUCUAAUCGAAGGUUCCAUAUCAGAAGAUACUGCGUAGUAAUUCGUCGUUCCACACAUCCUUAUGCUACAUAUACUUGUCGAAAAUGCGAACAAAAUGAUCAAUUUAUUAAUUCUUUAAGUGAUAGAAUUAAUAAUAUAGAAAAGUUGAUUAAACAUCUUAGUACGACUAUUAAAGCUUCAAAUAUGUGUGUCAAUAAUGAUGUUCCAUCUGCAAAUUCAAAACCUUUUAAUUUUGACAUCGACAAUUUUUCAAAGAUGGAGACUGAUCAGUUAAUUAAGUUUUCUACACAACUGGGAAUUCGAUUGUUUGGGAAACAAGAUGACAAGCAAGAAACAAAGGAAGAGAACAUUAAUAAUAACGAAAUCUACAAUAUGAAUGGUAGCGUGCGGAAUAUUGUCCUCCAAGUGCUUGAGUUUUAUUUUAGGUUUGAUUUAUCAUGUUUGGAGUCAUUUGCUACGAUAGAACCUUAUUCUAGUUUUCAUGUUGUACACUCACAAUUAGUUGAUAAUGUGACACCACCAAGUGUAAAUUUAGAAAACCUUUGCAUGAGAAAAAUGGCGACAGCAAAUGAGAAUAAAGUUUUAACUCAAUGA